AUAAAUUCUAUAGAUUUCGACCAAACAAAUACUGUGUUAGUGUUGUUUAUUUUAAAUAAGUCCAAUUUAGAAUUUUGGAUAUAAAGAAUUUCUUGAUUCUUUAUGUUUUGAGGAAAAAAUGUUUACAUAUUAAAAAAAAUAAAAUUAAAUAUCGUUAAUUAUAGGCUGGGGUUGGAUAAAGUUGUACUCGGGUAAUGGGGCGAGUCUGAACUCAGCCUUAAGCUUAGAAACAUCGAGCCUCGAUCGUAAUUUGAACAGGUCCAGUGGACUAAAAGUGGCCCAAAGAAAAGAAAUACGAAACGCGACAUUGGAAAAAAAAUAAAAAUUGGAGACGAUUCUGAUUCUCUGAUAUUUGUGUUUUCUCUCUGAUUAAAAAAGAACACGCACUUUGUGUGUGCAUGGCGACGGGUGCUGAUUAUUUAUGCCUCAAUGGCGGCGGCGGCGGGGGUGGUGGUGGUGAUGAUAGAAGAGGAAGAGUAGAAUGCUUAACAAAGUUUGUUGAACAAGCAAGUCUGGAAAGCCAAAGGUAUUACCUCUCUCGCAAGACAGUUAUGGAAAUGCUGAGAGACAGAGGCUAUGACGUGGCUGACUCUGAGCUAACUGGCUCUUUCACCGAGUUCCUUUCUGAGUUCGGCGACAACCCUGACAUUCUAAAACUACGUAUCUCUGCCUCUCUCCAUUCCCAUCCCGAUAAAAAGCAGAUGGUGGUUGUUUUUAUGGGAACCGAAGAAAUCAAAUUGGCAAAUAUUCGAGGUCUUCUUUGUCAGAUUAAGAACAAAGAAAGUUUAAAUGGGCUGAUAUUGAUCUUGCAGAGCAAAAUGAACCACUAUGCCCGCAAAGAGCUGGGUCAAUUCCCUUCUAAAGUUGAGAUCUUUCAUAUCUCUGACUUGCUGGUGAAUAUCACCAAGCAUGUUUUAAAGCCAAGGCAUGAGGUAUUGACUGCUGAACAGAAGCAACAGCUGUUGAACAAGUUCUCAUCUGAAGACAAACAGUUACCUAGGAUGCUAGUAACUGAUGCUAUUUCACGAUACUAUGGAUUUGAGAAGGGGCAGGUGGUGAAGAUCACUUACAGUGGUGGACUUGUUGAUUCCCUUGUUACGUAUCGAUGUGUUACAUGAUGCUCUGGUGUUGGGAACUAUCUUUACAUACCAUAGAUUGUACAAGGCACAGUUAGAUUUCCGCAGUCGGUCCAUACUUCAGUAAUCUGCACAUUGCUAUACGCUAUAAGAAACUAAGUUGCAUGGUUGAAUUCAUAUUAUAAGAUUUAAAUUAGUGUAAGAAUGUUAGAACUUGUGUUUGCCUUGCACCUCAAAA